GCAAAAAAAAACAAAAGCGAAAAUUCAAUCUCAUCUUUUCGUAAAAUAGUUCAUGAUGAAGGGAUUGAAAAAAUCAGCCACGACACUUCUAAGAUCGUCCAAGAGUGGUGGUAUCAACUUUAAAGCAGCAUCAUUGAUUUCGGAAUUGAAGUUUGUUCCGAAUCAAUUGUUGAUGAGAAAUAACUUUUCUACUUCUUUGAUACAACAACAUGGCGACCACCACCAUGAUCAUCAUCAUCAUGAUUUGAUGGAGGAUGAACUGUUACCUACUCCUAAAAAGACAAUUAUCAAUAUUAAAGAACCUCCAAUACCUACAGAAGUUGAUUUGGGAGCAAUGGGUGAGCAAGUUGCAACAGCAUCAUCAGCCAAUUCUGAUCCAAAAGCUGCUGAACGUAAAAUGAAAAGAGCAAGAACUGUAAAUUAUCUUCAAAAACCACUCGAACAGAGAAUUUUAGUAUUGGAAAAGUAUUUUGGAGUGAAACCAGAACUUGGAAAACCUGUGGAAUUAACAAAGGAACAAAUUGUAAAUGUUUUAAAUAUUGAGGAUCAUGAGGAACAAAGAGCUCUCUUUGACUAUGCCAAUUCAAUUACUGAAUCAAUUUAUGGCUCAAAGGUUUACUUUAGAGGUAUUAUUGAAUUUUCAAAUGUUUGUCAGAAGGACUGCAAUUAUUGUGGUAUUAGAAAACAUAUGCAAGUACCAAGAUAUACAAUGCCAAAAGAAGAAAUAAUAGAACAAGCUAUUUGGGCCUAUGAAAAUCAUUUUGGAUCCAUCAUGUUACAAUCUGGUGAAUUGAAUACAGAAGGAAGAAUCUCAAUGUUAGUCGAUGUCAUUCGUGAAAUUAAGAAACGUACAGGUGGAGGAGGUCCAGGUGAAUGGAAUAAGGGACUUGGUAUUGCUCUCGGUGUUGGUGAAUUGAGUAGAGAAUCUUAUCAGAGAUUAUAUGAUGCUGGUGCUCACAGAUAUCUCCUAAGAAUUGAAACAUCCAAUCCAGAACUCUACUCUAAACUCCAUCCUAACGAUGAAAAUCACGUAUGGGAAGAACGAAAGAAGUGCUUGGAAACUCUAAUGGAUAUUGGAUAUCAAACUGGUACUGGUGUAAUGAUUAUGAUUCCAAAUCAAACAGUUCAAGAUUUGGCAGACGAUUUACUCUUCUUUAGAAAAAUUGGAGCUGAUAUGAUUGGUAUGGGACCAUACAUUGUUCAAGAAGGAACACCAAUUGGAAAGAUUUGGAUGGAGCAAUAUGGUCACAUGAAUGAAGCAGAAAAGAAGGAAUAUAACAGAGUUCUAUUCAGAUUGGCUCUGAAGAUGACUGCCCUGGCAAGAAUUUUAAUUCCUGAAGCUAAUAUUUCUGCAACAACAGCUCUUCAAGCCAUCAAUCCAGCUGGUAGAGAAAUAGCUUUAAGUUCUGGUGCCAAUAUGGUCAUGCCUAUUAUUACACCAACCAAGUAUCGUGUCAAUUAUCAACUCUAUCAAGGAAAACCUUGUAUUGAUGAUACUAAGGAAGAAUGUAAGAGAUGUUUAACAGAUCGUGUUAAAUGGUCUAACAAGCAAUUGAUUUUAGAUGAAUGGGGUGAUCCAAUCAGCUACUUUAAUAAGAGAAAUAUGAAAGUACCGAACAAGGAAUAAAGACUCGUUUUGUACU